AUGUCGUCGCACCGGUACCCCGAGGAGGUGCCUCCGGACGUCGCCCCGGUGGCAAAUGUCCCCGACUUGGAGCUACCCAUCGAAGACGAGAAGUUUGACAAUGUCAUCCGAGGAGUCGUGGAUCUUUACCAACCUCUGCCCCCUGUAGAGGAUGCGCCGGAAGAGCAGAACCCGUUGACGAUACGAGCACUAGUAGUUGGGAUCGUUCUGGGUUCGCUCGUAAACGCGUCCAACAUCUACCUUGGCCUCAAGACAGGCUUCCUGUUUGGUGCUUCCAUGUUUGGCGCCAUCUUCGGGUUCGGUAUCGUCAAACUGCUCACCAAGAUCUUUCCGAAUGUCGCGGUCUUGGGAGGACCAUUCGGUCCCAAGGAGAACUCGAUUAUACAAGCGACGGCAGCUGGAGCUGGAGGGUUGGGAGGAUUGUUUACCGCAGCGCUCCCUGCCAUGUAUCAGCUCGACCUCAUGUCGGAGAAUCCCAUUGACGAUUUCCCAAAAAUCCUCACCCUGACACUUGUUUGCUCAUUCUUCGGACUGUGCCUUGCCAUACCACUGCGAAAGUUCUUUAUUGUGAACAUGGCACCAACUGCUGCGGCUGUCACCAUCCAGUCAAUGCAUGCAGCUCAUAGCAACGCCGCCGAUGCGAUGAAACGGAUCAAGGCACUUGGCUACACGUUUCUGGCUGCUUUCACGCAGCGCGUCGUGUCUUACUACGCAGUCGGUAUCUUGUACGACUGGCACGUGUUUACGUGGUUCUUCAUCUGGGGAAACUACAACAACGCGGCGAUCCAAGUAGAGAACUGGGGUUGGCUGAUCGAAUGGACACCGGCGUUCAUCGGCAGCGGCAUGCUUGUUGGCAUGAACACUGCCGUGUCUCUUUUCUGCGGCACCUUGUUCGCCUGGGGCAUCCUCGGCCCAAUCCUGGUGCACUACGGCAUCUGCGCCGGGCAGGAUCUGGCCCCUGAAAGCGAGAGGUGGCACGCAUACGUCACUUUCGCAUCCAUGACUGAUGUCGACCAGGCCGGAUACGUUCCUUCGCCACGGUACUGGUUCCUCUGGCCGGGGGUUGCCGUGCUCGUCUGUUACUCACUGGCAGAGCUCCUCGUUCAUUGGCGGAUAUUCUACCACGGUUUGAAGUAUGCUUGGAAAAAUACCAAGGCGAUCGAUUUCAUGAAGAAGAAGGGCGGCCGAAGCCGGACAUAUCUUCAAAGCCAGCCAAAGCGACAAGCAGUCUUCGACGAGAAUAUCUUCCGCGAGGAUCCCGCCAAGGAUGAAGACCAGGUCCCCGCGUGGAUCUGGGGAGGGGGCGCCUUGGCCAUGACUGUUGUCGCUUGCAUCAUUUCCGAGACUCAAUUCAGCGUCAACGCCGGGCUUGCCAUACUGGCGUCGAUAUUCGCUGUCAUCUUUGCCUUCCUGGGGAUCCACGGCGCAGGCGUUACGGACAUUGCUCCACUCACGGCUAGUGCCAACGCCAGCCAGCUCGUGUUUGGCGGCAUCACGUCCGGCCAGGGGCUGACGAUCCCACAAGCUCAGAGCGUGAACCUCAUUGCUGGUAGUAUCGCAUCGGGUGCUGCUGAGAUGUCUCAGGAGCUGACCUCGGACUUCCGAACUGGCUUUCUAUUGAGAACACCGCCGAAGAAGCAAUUCUACGCCCAAGCAAUUGGUGCUGUCGUGGCAAUGUUUCUUGCCCCUGGUGUCUUUGUACUGUUUAUGUCGGCCUACCCGUGCAUUAUCCGUCUGGAUGAGCACCGGACCUGUGCUUUCUCCGCGCCUUCAGUCUCAGCGUGGCGGGCAGUCGCUCAGGCAGUCACCGGCGACCUCGACCUCCCCCUGUCGUCCGGCAUCUUCGCCUGCGUAUUGGGGGCCAUUACUAUCGUCCAAGUGAUAUUGAAGCACAUACUCCUCGUUGGCGGUAGACAAAAGUACCGUGAGUACCUGCCCAACUGGAUGGCCAUUGGUAUCGCCUUCGUCAUCCCACAGACCGUCUAUAGUACCGCGACACUCAUGGGGGCCGUAGCCAGUUGUGUGUGGAUGAAGAAGAAACGCAUCAGCUACGAGACCUAUUGCUAUGCUGUUGCUGCGGGCUUGAUUGCGGGUGAGGGCUUGGGCGGAGUUGUCGGCGCUGCCCUUCAGCUCGGUGGCGUCGGCGGUAGCGUAUAUGGUACUCAGGUUGGAUGUCCAUUGGACUCAUGUUAG